CACACUAUCUUUCUCUCACGACUCGAGUGCGCUUCGUCUAAUUAGCAAAAAAUGGGCAUGCGCACUUUGAAAUAGCUAGGCGGGAAGGAUUGUCAAUAUUAUGGAUGACGAGGUGAGGUGGUACAAACUACGUGAUUAUGUCGACUCAAUAUUCCUUUAAACUAGAGAGAAAAAUGGCUUAUAAUAAUAUCUACCUUGGAGUUAAACUAUAAGUCUGAGAAAUUUUUUGCCUUUGGUAGACUUAAAAAGAUAAUAAUCCAGCAAAGUAUGGUAAAUAAAUCAGCAACUACGUGAAGUUCCAUCUAUUUCUGUGAUGAAAGCCAUGCCUGACAGUGGGCCUAAAAACAGCAAUGGCUGGAGACGCUACCACCUGCGUCGUAUCGGUCCAAAAGCCAGCAAACAGGGAGUAGCAGAUAUCAUGGAAGCAGCAAACAACAUAGUGAUAUCAUGGAGUCAGUAAUUAAAAGAUACUGAUAAACACAACACAGCUUUCAUAAAGUGACUUACAUGAUUGGUAGAAACCCAAACCAGGUGGAUUACGUCAUAGAUUCAAGUAACUUCAUCCAGAGCAGUUACAUCUCUCGAAAUCAUGCCAGGGUUGUCCGUCAGCCUGGGAACAUCCAUCGAUUAUAUGAUGACAGCUUGAAUGGUGUCUUUGUGAAUAAUCAGAAGAUCUCAGGCAGUGUGAAACUGAAUGAGGGUGAUUUAGUGAUUUUUGGUCACCCUGGUGGAGUACGCCUACCUCCAGGGAACCGGACCAGGCAGCCGGACUCUGAAUACCAGUUUAUUUUUGAAGAGUGCAAUUGCCCAGAUGAAGACCUUCCUUCCUCAGACAUCAAUAGAUUACCAUGUGAAGAAACCUCCAUUGUAGAAUGCAGCAGUACGACCCCGAGAGAUGUAUGUGAAGAGCCUGUACAGAAUCAGAACUCAUCAGUUUCUGAUACCACAACUUUGGACUCUUGCGAAACAGAAAACCAAGUCAGUGACCAGGCUGAGAUUGACUCUGGCUCAAAUCGAAGAAGUCCUUUGAAAAACAUGCGUUAUGAUUCUGCUGAGAAACUUUCAUCUAAAAUCACAUAUGAAAAGUCACCAGACUCCAUGUAUCCUUCAUACAAAGACAGAAUGAAUGUGAAGAACUCAAACAAUGAACCAGAAUCGGGUCUAGCUGCUCUAGACCGCAUCGAGGCUAAUACUCUUCGAGAACUAGAAGAUCUCGGUCGAUACCCUAGUUCCACAUCUUCUACCAAAAACUGUAGUUUUUCUACUGCUGAUAUUUCUCGAAAACCGCUGCAACCCCAUUCUAGCCCCUCGUGUAGUGACCAGACUGACCCAGACAUUGAAAUUAUUGACAUCAAGCAGUCUGAUUCACCGUUUCGGUGUAAUGUGCCUCGCCGAAAUAACAGAGAUAAGGACAGAGCAUAUAAAUCUGUCAUUGAGAAUCCUCGGACUUACGACAGAAGUAAUAGUGGUAAUAGUAGUAGUAGUAUGCUUGUUGAGAGUUCGCAGCCAGAAAAUACAGAUGUCAUUGAUUGUACAAAUAUUGUCCCCAAAAAAGAAUAUGACUAUCAUCAGGUAAGUUGUUCUUUCCCCAAAAACCCUCUGAUCAGUGGCAUUCGGCCGAUGCUGCCCGACCAAAGUGUUGACAACAACACUUCACAAGUUCACAUCAUCAUCGACGACGAUGACACGAUUCAACCUGACCACCGUUCCCCGCAAAGCGACUCUCAUUUACACAACCAACGAUCCAUCGAAGCAACAAGCCAUCCUCAUGAAACCUUUGUGCGGACUCACUACGGUCAGACAGUUAAAAUAAAAGACUCCGAAGAUGCCAUUUCAUCCAACGUCGAUCAACACCAUUUAUUUAAUUUGGACAACAACCGGCAGCAAGCGGUGACCAGGAUUAUACCUGCUGACGGCCAUACUGGUGGAUUACACAAAGAUGUCAACAUUCCAGUUGCUAUAGAUAGUUUACUAGGGACCAACAAUCCUUCGGCUACCUUGCUGAGCCAACCCAGUUAUGUGGACAUCAGCCAGCUCAGCAAACGAAAGCUUGAGCUUUCUCCACCAAACCAACAGCCCUCCCAGAAAAAGGUCUGUGAUGAAGCGAAUGUUUCUGUAAACAUUUCCAACUCACCAAAAGUGAUGGAAGGGACCUUCCAUAUAAAAAAUCCAAAUAUCACCCCCGUGUCUGGCUUUUCUCAGCGUGUGUCUUGUAAUAUGAACUCGGACAAUUCUAGUGAGUUAAGUUUAGUCACCAAAUUUGAGUUCAAAAUUGGCAUGGACAAUAAACUUGUCUCCAAGGCAGGUCUUGUUGGCGACCACAACUUGGUGGCUAUUGCGGAUGACAGUCAGAGUGGUGUAGCGUCGACAUGCCGCAUCGAAGAAGUAGUCCCAACAGCCGAACCCAGUGUGGUCCCUUCAUCAGCGGACGUACGAGUCGAGGCAGAUACAACGGUGUCAGAGCAUCAGCUCUCGCUUUCUAAACCUCAUGCUGCAUCUACGUUAGAGUCUAUGAUAUCACAGAGUUGCCGUCCAAUGGAUACUUCUGACGUACAGCAAAUUGUUGGCUCAACCGGCAUCGACAAAGCGUUGCCUUCAUUUGUAGGUAAUUCUCAUCCAAACACAAUAAUAAAACCACCACCACAUCUAACCACCUUGUCUCCAUCACCUCCCAUAUUUACACAUCCCUCCGUUAGAACGCAACACAAUGAAACCACUGUACAAAACUCACCCACAAACACCAACAACACAAACACAACAGCCAACAACAACAACAAUAACAAUGAUGAUAGCUCCACCACAUCUCACAGGUCACAGGUAGUAGAGGGAGCUUCUACUACGAGUUCCGUAGUGGUGGCCAUGCCAGAUUCCCAUAGUGCAUCGUCAACAAACUCUAGUAACGACUGGAAGCAUGAUCUCACUGUUGAUGCACCAAUGGAGUCUAGCGAUCAGCAGGUACGUGUGAAGCUGGAGAAUUCCGAGCCAGACACUAAACAUACUAUCAAGGAAGAGAAUGAUCUUUCUUGUGCUAACCCUGAUACCAACAGUUCGUCAGACACUUACUCUGACUCACAGACACAGUAUGCAUGCAUUUCAUCUGGUGCCGCAACGGCUACAGGUUCCGCAGAGAGAGAGAACGACCGACCGCCUGAUGAUAAACACGCUUUUCUCAACGACACAAAGUCUGAAAGUCAAUCAACCGCAUCUUUGCCCAUACUGGAACAAGAUGCUUCUCGGGACCCUUCAAAUUUAGAUACAUCAUCUGUAACGAAGCUGCCCCAGCAUGUGACCAAAGUGGAAUCUCCUGAUGCUAAGCUUAAGGCCAGUGUUAAAAGCGAUUUAACGGAUUACGAAACUGAUGAUGAUAUGCUGUUGAAUGAUGACGGUGUUGAUUUAAAUAAAAGCCUUGAAAACACCGAAGAUGAAGAACUCUUGCUCAGUCCCAAUAUAACUCCGUUGCCAGAUGACCCUGAUUCCCAUACUACAAACAGCGAUGCUACGUUAGGGGAAUCAAAAAGUUCUACGCCUGUUGAUCCCUGUUCUAAGGGAAGUGAAAGUCUCCCUAAAACCCUCGAUGGGGAGUUACUGGUUUUGAAACAGGAGCGAGAGUUACAAUCAAAUGAAGAUCUUAAACAGAAUUGGGAAUCCAGUUCUGUAAAAGAGAAAUUAAUAGAAAAUGUGAAAACAGAGUCAAACUUUUAUAGCCCCAACUCUGCAUAUUAUAUGCCACAGUCUUCUGAGCACAGUUUGCAUGUAGAUUCAAAAGGUUCUAUGGAUUCUGCAUCCAAAGAUGCAAAGCAUUCAACUGAAACAAACGGAUCGCAGAGUGAUUCAAUGGUUUUCAAAAGUGAGCAAAUACCUCAAGGAAAUAAUGUAGUGUCACAAGACUGGCAAGGGCAAGACCAAGGACCAAUGAAAGCUAGUUUGUUAGAGGACAAUAUCAAAAAAGAGAUAGUAUUUUACUUACCUGAGCCAUCAUCGACACCUGCUGCGAACCCAAACUUGAACGUCGAGCAGGAAAAUGAAAACUGGGUAUCCACGACUUUCAAAGAUAUCAAGACCAAUAUAAAAGUCGAGAAAGAGUCGGACCCUGGUUACGACUCCGCUGCUGCCGGUUCCACUGGAAGUGAGCAAAACCGUGUCUUUGUUUCACCGCUUCCUGAGCAGCCCUCAUCGACGCACGUCUCGAGUCACACAGCAACGAAAGAACAUAAUUCACAGGCAUCCACCUCUGUGACUUCUACUUCAUCUUCUACCUCUUCGUCUAGCACUCCAGCUACUUCUACUGUUGCUUCUGCCAGUACUGAUCCUGCGAGUUCUUCAGCAUCGACGAGUCAAGCAGAAGAAGACAGCCGUGUGGAGAAUGUCUUCGCACAGAGUAAUUCCUCUGAGACGGCGCCUGAACAAAAGGAUGUUGUUAACGAGGAAGAAGAUAUGGACAAUGAUAACUUCGAAGACGGAGAUAUAGAAGAUUUUGAUGAAGACGAAGAUGAUAUUUCUAAUGAGGAAUUUGGUGAUGAAGACGAUGUAGACUCCCUAAAUUUUAGUGAAAAGGAUACUGAAGAGGGACUGUCUACUAAAUUAAAAGACCUCGAUGACGAUGUUGAUGAUGAUGAUGAUGACAAUGAUAUUGAUAAUGAGGGCGAUGGCAAAAAAGAGAAGAAAACAGAUGAAGUGAACAAUGAAUCGAAGUCUAGUAAUGAAAAAGAAGAGUCCAAGGAAUCGGAGAAAGACAGCAAGGACAACAACAAAAGCAAUAGCAACACGAAAGCUUCCAAAACGGACACCAUCUCACCAGCAAGACAACGCAUUUCUGAGAAGUUGCUCAGUAUCAGGAAGCGGAAGGCUGCGAUGGCAGCUGCGAAUGCUUCCUCAUCAAAGAAAUUAAAAACCGACGAACAACAAGACCAGCCCGCAGACACGUGUGGCUCUUCCAGUCCGAGUAAUUUGUCGAGUACUCGCGCAACGCAUCACUUUGACGAGUCCAGCCAGUCUCAUCUUCAGGAUGGCAUGAGCAACAAGACAACAAUGAAACUGCCGAAAGUCGACAAGGACAAAGCACGUUCUCUUCUGGAGAAAUUAAGGGAGAAGCGAAAGUAUUUAAAGAUUAAAAAGACGGUUCCAGUGUCCCCUCCUGAUAUGGACACGAAAGAUGACAACCAAAACGCAGAAGACAUUCCAGAAGAUGAGUUGACAGCAUCUUCACAAGCUUGUCAAAAGCUCCUCGAUGAAGAAGCAAGCCAAAUACCAAAGUGUUCAGAAAUUGUACAGAAUAUCCGGAAAGUUCUUGAUAAUCGGGAGGAUUUGAAAAAUUUACAUCGAGUACGAAAAUGGCUUGAAGAACUCAAUGAACUGAACAAAAAAUUGAAACUUCCGCGGACAGUUAUUGCUGUGGUUGGUGACACGGGCGCAGGCAAAUCCAGCUUGCUGAACGCUUUGUUGGAUCACGGGAACAUUCUGCCGACGUCGGGCAUGAGAGCGUGCACUGCAGUAGUAGUUGAAGUGCAGCAAAACCUGCGCACCAACUGCUACGAGGCCGAUAUUGAUUUCCUAUCUCUUGAGGAAUGGAACGACGAACUAGAAAUUUUGUUUGGCGAUCUCCAGUCCUCCGAUGGCAAGAUUCAUUUCUCCAGUCGCAAUCUUGACCCCAAGUCAGAGACAGGUGUGGCAUUCAGCAAAAUCAAAGCUGUCUACGGUAAAGUUUCAACAAUUGAUGUUUUGAAAAAGACAUCAACGUCGGUCACAUCAUGGCUUGGCAAAACCAAACAUAUCAAGGCAUCGAAGGCUGAGGAGUUCAAAUCUUAUAUUGACCAUUACAUUGAGUCUUCAGACAAAGGUACUGGCAAUCAGUACUGGCCAGUGGUCAAGAACGUCAAGAUCUACAUACCUAACAGUGAUGUACUCAGCAGUGGAGCCAUCCUUGUUGAUUUACCUGGAGUCAGGGAUUCAAAUGCUGCUCGUGAUAAAAUUGCUAAAGAAUAUCUGAAAAAUUGCAACGCUGUGUGGGUGGUGUCCAGCAUUCAUCGUGCUGUCGAUGACCGUACUGCAAAAGACCUGCUGGGAGAAAGUUUUCGGCGUCAGUUAAUGAUGGAUGGUCAGUAUGGAAGCAUAGCCUUUAUCUGCACUAAAUCUGACAUCCUAACAUCUUCAGAGAUAAUCAGGAGUCUGGAAUUAGAAGAAUCGUUUGAAGCCGAAGAGGAGGCAAUCGCUGAUCUGGAAGCUGAAAAGAAAAAGAUUAUACAAUCAAAAGCCAAGCUCUUAGCUGAAAUGAAAACCCUCCGGCUUGACUUGAAGGCCAUCCGAAUGGAUCACAAAGAACUAGUGGAAGCUAUAACUGAGAUCCAAUCAUUAAUGGAGGAAUCGGAAAGCAGUGAGAAUGAAGAUGAACUGAAUGACUUAAAAGCCGAAACGAAAGAGAAAGUUGAAGUAAUGGAAGAGAAGAAGAAAGAACUUGCAUCAAAAAGGAAAGAGGCUGAAAAAUUAACAGGAAAAAUAUUAAAAUUAGAUCAUGAAAUCUGUGUCAACCGGAAACACAUUGCUUCAGUUUGUGCCAAAGCCAGGAAUGAAUAUUCUAAAGCUCAAAUCAAGAAAGAUUUCAAAGCUGGUCUUAAGGAAAUGAAGCGGAGAGCUAAAAUGGCUUCCGAAGACAGUGAUGAGGAGAUAUUACCUGAAGAAGACGAGGAGGAUAUAGAAAACUCUGCUGCCAAUAAUUCCAAUGACAACGAUCCUAACAAAAACAAUAAUAACAAUAAUAAUAACAAUAACAACAACAACAAUAACAAUAAUAAUAAUAAUAAUAACAAUAAUAGUAAUAAUGAAGAAUUUGAAGAAUAUGAGAAAAAUCUUAAUGUAUUUUGCGUUAGUUCUGUGGAGUACCUGAAACUUAAGAAGUUACUGCACAAUGAUGGACCUGCUCAGGUAUUUUCAUUUGAGGAAGAAUCAGAAAUUCCGGAACUGAGAGAUUUUGUACACAAGUCUACAAAUCUACGGAGAAAAAUUGGUUUAAAGCGUUUGGUCCAGAAUUUGGGACAAUUUGUCUUUGAUCUCGAAAGUUACAUCACAGAUGGAGGAACACAGAGCCAUGGUACUCGGGAAAGUGUACGGUCUACGUUUGAAGGAAGUCUAAAUUCACUCAUGUCUGACUUAAACCCUAUCAUGGAGGGUCUUGCCUCGGAGAUUGAAGAACUCUUCAACAGUCAGAUUUACUGUAAGAUGAACGAAGGUGUAGACACUGCCAAAAAUACUUCCAAUUAUACUGCUGCUAAAUGGUGUUCACCGGUUAAUCGAGAUGACAAGACAAAAGGAGGCCUUCAUUUUGCUACAUACAUGGCUACUGUAAGACGUUCUGGACAGUUCAACUCUCCAACAUAUGGCCCAAUAGAUUUCAACGAACAGCUGACUGAACCUCUUUUCCGUACUGUUAGUGUCAGUUGGGGCACUGUGUUUGGGUUCCAUUUAUGGAAAGUGUUAGAUAAGUGUCACCAUUCCAUCUUGUUACGUGUCCAACAAUUCAUGGCUGUACUCUCUCAAAAGCUACAAGCUCUUGAGGUUGCCACAGAUCGAGUACAGAGAGUAAAUGCCCAAUUGAUGGCAAGCCUUCAUACAAAGUUCAGGGAAAUGGUAUCACAACUGAAAGAUCUUGUUACUGAGAAACAAAGAGAGAUAUCUCGUGCAGUGGCGCCAUACAUCCAGGAGUCGAUGAUCAACAUAUAUUCUGACUGUGGGGAAGCAAAAGGCAAGGGCAUGUUCCAAAGAGUCAAAACUAUCGUAAAUCAAGGAAUAGACACCAAUCGGAUGUUUAUGUUCGAUAAUGCAUCUGAACUUCUCGUUAGCCAAAUGCGCAUUUUGCAGAAUGUUGUUGUAGAGCAUGUCCGUAUGGUCAUUGACCUCCUGUGUAAAGAUAUUAAAAGUGCAUACGAACCUCUCUGGGAAAUGCCGUGUCACACAAGAAUACUGAAAGAUGCUUUAAUGGAAAGUAUCGGAGAUGCUUGUGUUCAAGUCCGAGAACUUUUCAAAGAAGCAGAUUUACAAGUGCCAGAGUUUAAGAUUCCCCCCAAACUCUCUGAUCUGCCGCCACCGAUCGUUCCUGAAAUUCCCAAACUCGAAUCCAUGCAAUCAACCAAUCUGCCUUCAUGUUUGAAAUUCUCUCCAAACAGCAAAGAGUUCCAACAACAGUUAGUAGAAACGCUUUCCAACCAACAGCAGCAGCAGCAGCAGCAGCAACAACAGCAGCAGCAGCAGCAACAACAACAACAACAGCAGCAGCAACAACACCAUCAACAACAACAGCAGCAUCAUCAUCAUCAACAACAGCAACAGGUAUUACAGACAUCGCAAGCCAUGAAUGUGGGGAACAUUCCUGGCAUACGACAACUGGGUAUUCCGCAGCUUGCCAUGAACUCCCUGCCGCAGGUCCAGCAAGGGGCUGCGACCCUUCCACCGCCUUCACACGCUUCCCAGCAGUUCCCGCAUCACCUUCAGCAGCAGCAACAGCAGCAAGUGGUUGCGCAUCAACUGCCGCCUCAUCAACAGCUCCAACAGCAAUCACAAAUGCAACACAUGCAGCUGCACCCCAAUGCGCCGCCCGGGAUAUCGUGGCCCGCCGUCGUCAUCAAGAAGGAGCCCGGUUUGUCCGAGCCAGUUCGAACAAAUGUCGGUAACAGCCUAGACCCCAGUUUUUCAAUGUCACAGCAAGAACAGUCAAAUAACCAGGUACCGUGGCUAUCAGACAACAGCCAGCAUCAAAGCCUAUUCACUUUACAACAACAAAUGCGACCUCCAGCGCACGAACGGCCUCAUUCGAAUCCACAGUUUGCAGCCCCAGUCCCUCCAUUUCCAGGUGCUGUUCAAAUAAAAAGGGAGCCCACAGAUUUCUCAUGUUCUACAAAUCAAGGUAACCCUGGCCCCCUCGGCAGCCUCGCUGCGUUAACGGCACAAGUGAGCUCCAGCCAGACGUCUUCUAUGAACACCCCUACAUAUCUUCCAACCUCUCAGGCCAUCCCAACAUAUCCAUCAGCCACCGUGGUCGCUCCCCCACCCAUCAAGCUGGAGCGCAUGUCACCAGGUAACGGCCCUUUUAGCUGCAUGCAGCCAGGAGGUCCACCCCAGCCAGGCCCACCGUCCCAAGCUCAGUUGCAGUCAGUGGCUCUCCAUGGCAACCGUAGUGACUGCCGUUAUCCUGGAACCAACACGAUGGGCAGCUUGAACAUGUAUGCACAAAUAACGGGUGCACAGCAGCACGCAGCCAAUAGAGGAGAGUUCUUCAGAGAGAUCGACAACCUCCAAGCUGCUCAGGCGCAGGCCGCACAAGCGCAGGCCGCACAAGCGCAGGCUGCGCACCAAAGGACGUCGCCGUUUCGCAAAAGCGGGAGCAACCCGCUGAAGAACCUGGCCCUCAUGACCAAAUCAUCCCCGCCGUUGUUCGUAGCGCCGCAGCCACACCCCGCCGCCGUACAGAUCAAACAGGAGCCCGUCGAUUCGUUAAUCGGCAGCCCGGCUGUCGUCACGGCCGCGGCGGUACAGCGAAACCAAGGGGCCCACGUGAUGAACCCCGAACUGUUUGCGCCCCAGGCCACAGGCUUGCCUCGAGGAUCGAUACCGAGUGGGGCUUUCCCCCCCACCGGCAGCGUCAGUCCUGUCACAUUGCAACAGCAGCUGACGCACUCUCAGCUGUCACCGCACCAACAGCAGCAACAGAUUCAGCUGCAGUUACAGCAGCAGCACCUCCAACAGCAACACCACAUUCAGCAGCAACUGCAACACCAACAGCUGCAGCACCAACAGUUACAGCAGCAGCAUCAACAGUUACAGCAGCAACUAGAGAGCCGGCGGAUACGAAGACCAUCGAGUGCUGAGAGGAGACAAUAUUUGAGAUUUGUUCAGCGCACAGAUGGAGGUAACUGAAUUCAUGCUUGCUGUAAAGGUAAAAAAAAAAAUUCGAAGAAGGAAAGAAACAGCCAUGUGAUAUGAAAGACUACUCGGUUGACUCACUCUGCUGGAUGACAAGGUCAUGGAAAGCAACAAGCACAAAAUAAAGAAAUCCUAUGGAAGAAAUUGGAUCGAAACCACACAUACAUAAAAACAAAAAAAAUUAAAUAAAUUGAAGUAUUUUGUACUGAGAAGAAAGAUAAAAAAAAAAACGAAAAUAUUCAAAGAAACUAAUUAAAUACCUUUAACUGGUCAGAUGAACAACUUUCAAAAAACAAAAAGCGAAAAAAAAAAAGGCUGUGUCCACUGAACCGAGGAAGGAUUUAUGGGCAAUAAUUCCUCUUCAGUGAUUGGUUGAAUAUAGUUUGACAUGUGACCUCAGUGAUUAGUGUGGUAUUAUAUAUAUGUUUAUAUAUAUAUACGUAUAUAUAUCAUUUCUACUGCAUGGCUUUGGUUUUGAAGAAUAAUUUUACAAAUACACCCACGGACACUUUUAACGUGUGUACGUGCACUCACAUUCAAUCACACCAAGACAUAUCUAUCUAAUCUUCUCAGUGACCAUUUGUUGAUCAUCUCUGAUCAAAGACUUGUGAAAUACACCACCACCCUCUUCAGUGUUUGGUCUAUUCAGACAGCAUGUUAACUGCCCUCUCAACGUGCUUACACUUCAUUGUUCUGUUAUAUUCUGAACAAAUUCUCUACCUUACCCUUGCAAAAAUAUGACAAGAAGCAAAGUGAAAGUGAAAGUUGAAAUUUAAAUAUAAAAAGCAAAAAAAUUCAAUGAAGAAAUAAUGUCCUCAUUUGUCUUGUCUCCCCUUCCAUACCAUUUUUUUAUAAGAGAAAACAAAAACAAACAAACAAGCAUAUUUUAAAAAGAAUUCAGAAAAACAAAAACAUUUCAAAAUGACGUUUUGGGUGUAUUUUUUUUUGUCUUUCUCCCCACCAUUCACAAAUCUGUAUUUUCAAGCCGUAUUACUGUCUGGUCAGUAUUGGGUGAUAAUUUGAGGGGAGGGGGUGUGCUGAAAAUGCUACAUAGUAAAAUCUUUUUAAAUCCCCCCCCCCCAUGUUUUUUUGUUUGUUUUUUUACUAAACAUUGACAAACAUCUGAAUAUUCUUUUUUUUUUUUUUUAAAUCACAAAAAUAUAAAUUUCUUCUGCAAAAAAAAAAAAAAUUAAAGUGAAGAAAAAAAAACUAAAAAUAAAGUGGAUACUACAUUCUUUGAAUCAAGCCUGUUGAUUAUUAUAAUGAUGUGAUGAUUAAUGAAAUGAAGUUUAAUAACUUUUAUCAAAUGAAAUGGACUUCUUUGAGAAGAAGACGAAUUUUUACCACUGGUAUUGAAGUUUGAUUUCUUCAGAUACAUUUAAAAAAAAAAAAUUCGAAAACCCUACAUUAAUAAACAGAUGUAUACAUACACAAAUCAACUGUAAGCAUGUAUGUAUACGUGUGUGUAUAUGUACACAUAUAUAUAAAUAUAUAUUUACAUAUAUAUACUCAUUCAAAAACACACACAUUAUUUUAUCACAUGAAAUUCAUCUGUUGUUGGUUUUUUGUCCUAAUGGUUUUUACUUAUUUAUUUUUUCACAUUUUUCAUGCAAAUUUAUUUUGUAUUCUUCCCUUCUUAAGUAUUCUUCGUGUUUUUAUUUUGUUUUUUUUUAUAAUUAAUUUUAAAGUAUUUGUUUCGUUAAGUUUUUGUUAUCUUUUUUCUAAUCCCUUCCCCCCAUCCAUCAAUGUUAGAAAAAUAUCCCAAGCCAUUUAAGGCCAUCAUGCCGCUUCCCUUUUCCAUAGUAUCUACCAACCAACCAACCAGCCAUUCAUUCAAGCGCCCAACCAUUCUAUGUCUGCUGCUGUCCUCAAACAAACCCAACCCAAUGCAAUUCCUUGUUUUUUUUUUUGUUAUCAUCCUUUCCCUUCUCUCUCUCUCUAUAUAUAUAUAUAUUAAAUAACUUUACCUUGUUUCGUCUGUCCCUUACGCCCCCUCAGAUAUUGCCAACUAUUUGUAAAAAAAAUAUAAUUAAAAAAGAAAAAAAGUAUAUAAAGGUUAUAAAAAAAAAACAACACCACCACCACCACAUUCUAAAAACUAAAAAAAUUAUCCACAGAUUUGCUAAGAGAAAGUCACUUCCUAUCUGUCUUAGUUCUUACUCUAUAUUCUGUUGAUUCAAAGACGGUUGGAAGGGCAAUCUUCCUUCCAACCUGCAAUUUACAGCAAUUACAACAGAUUAAACAAACUAACAAAAAAAAAAGUGAAAACAAAAUAAAAAAAAAAUAAAUAUAUAAAGUGUAGAGUGAAGGACAGAUUGUUUUUGACUGGCAAAAUGUGUAACGUUGUACAGAGGUGUCAGAUAGAAACAGGUGGUUACUUGUAGCAAUGAUUUCUUGUGGAAAAUAUAUUUAAUGUAAAAAGCAAUGUCAAGACAGAAAAAAUAAUUACAAAAUAAGUUAAUAAAUCAACUUUGCCAAUA